UGUAUGCAUCCUGGGUGUCCGGCUAGUAGAUUAAUACUAUACAGUUUUAAGUGAUUUUAUUUGUUUUUCCAGUUUGUAAUGGCUUUUACUUGAAUGAUUUAUAGCUUGAUAUAUUUUUCUUACGGUUUUAUGCUUUUUUGGAUAACACAUGAACGAUGGAACAAGAAAUAAGAGCUAUUGUUCUUGGAUGGCAGAAAUCUGACAAAGCCUCAGUGAUAAACCGCAUUUUAGGAGUCGAGGUCGAGUCUGACGAAUACUUUGUGAAGUCUGUGAAGAGAGAGGGUGAAGUGAGCGGAAGGAAGAUCUCUCUGAUCAACACGCCGUGCUGGUGGGAGAUUUUCGGUUUGCAGGAUUCCCCAGAAGUUGUGAAACAAGAACUGGUUUGCAGUGUUUUUCUGAGUGAACCAGGACCUCACGUCUUUCUGCUGGUCAUUAAUCUCAGUUUACCUUUUACUGAAGAAAACAGACUCACCAUCGAGAAGCACCUUGAUCUCUUUGGAGAGAGUAUCUGGGGACACACAAUAGUGAUCUUUACAGGAGCUGACAAAUCCAUUGAGCAGCACACACUGAACCAUGGUCUUCAGCUGAUCAUACAGAGCUGUGGAGGAAGAUAUCAUGCCUUUGAGACUGAAAAUAAAAGUGCUGGAGUCCAACAACUGCUUACCAAGAUUGAUGAUGUUGUGGCAGCAAACAAUGGCAAGCAUUAUGAAACUCAUGAUGAUGCGCUACUAGAGAUAAAGACAAAAAGAGAAGAAAUAAAUGAAAAAGCAAAAGCCAGACAGAAAUGGUUGCAGGACAAACGAGACACACUGAAAGAUAUAAAAGAUGAAUCUGUGGGUCCGCUCUCAACACUGAGAAUUGUACUGCUGGGAUGGAUCCUAUCUGGCAAGAGUUCAGCAGCAAACACUAUUUUUCAUAAUAAAACAUUUGAAAUAGAAGGUACAAAAAAGUGCACAAAAUACUCUGGUGUUGUAAAUGACAGAAAUGUGACUGUGUUGGACACGCCAGGCUGGUGGAAGUAUUUUGCACCUAAAUUCAACCCAAAGUUUGCACAGGCUUCAAUCCUGGAGAGCGUGGGACAAUCACAACAAAUGAAAUUCCCUCACGCCAUGAUCCUAGUGAUUCCUAUUGACACUUCAUUCAGUAGUGGACAGAAGCAAAUCAUUAAACAGUACAUGGCCACUCUAGGAGACGAUGUCUGGAGACACACUAUAGUUCUGUUCACGUGGGGCGACAGAUGUAAAGACAUCUCAAUCGAGCAGCACAUCGAGAGUGAAGGUGAAGCUCUUCAGUGGCUGGUUGAGAAAUGCAGGAACAGAUAUCACGUCUUUGACAACACAGACAAGAAGAAUCGAGAUCAAGUGACAGAGCUGCUCCAGAAGAUUGAUGAGAUGGUGGCAGAAAACAGUCUGUUCAGUCUCAACACUCAGUGUGCUGAAGAAGAAAACUUUCAUGAGACUAACAUACAACAAGAUGAGGAAACAAGUCUCAACGCUGACAAGUUACUGACGUUAAUGUUCCAUGAGCUGAAAAACAGGAGUGAAGGGAUAAAAAGGAAGCUACAAGAAUUAGAGAUGGACGUCACUAGAUGCAUAGAAGCCAAAAGUGAUCGAAGCAUGGAAUAUCCCAUAGCAUUGAAAGCUGAUGAGAAACUCAUGGAGAAGAUAAAGAGAGAAGGAAGGAGAUGGGAAGCAAUUUUAAUGGACGGGAUAUUGAACAUUCAGAAUCCUAAAAGUUCUUGUGAUGAAAAUAUGAGCGUCAAUGAAAAGAUGUCUUGGUGGUUUCAAAAAUAUGAGGAAUACAGCACAUCAGAAACUUCGGGAUAUAAAACAGAACAAUCUGAUCCAGUAGAACAUCCACAGAAUCUAGAGGAGUCAGAUAAUAAAUCUGAUGUUGGAUGAAAAUGUUAUUUGUCUGUAAAAACCAGUUCGCAAAGUAAAACUUGCUCUUACUUAGAAAUAUGUCAGACAUAUGCAAUUAGCAAUUUUAGAAAUUAUGUUAAAUGUUUCUAUAAUUGUGAAUAUUCAUUAAUGUUGUUGAAUUUCUAAUUAAUAGUUGAUGUUGUAUAAUAUCUAAAAAAUAUAUAUUAUGUUAUUAUUAUAUUAUACACAUUACUUUACAUAACUUCUGAAUUCUCAUUUUAUCUCGAGAUGAUUAAUGUGCAAUAAUAGUGAUUUCUUUUUUAUCUCUGUAUCAUUGUAACAUUUGAACUGAUAAAUACCUGUAUCAGUUAAACAUCUCUCAGAGACUUUCAUUGGAACUUUUCUAUAUGAUAUAGCAAUUGUAAAUAAUUUAAUUAACUUUAUUUAUAAAUUAUUUAAGUCAAUUUUCUACCUUCAUAGGUGUACUUUUGAUGUUAGAUAAAAUAUAACAUAUGCUACAAUGUUAUUUGUUGACAGAUACUUUUAGAUACUUUUAUAGUCAUAAGAUACUGUUAAAUAUUUUGCAGGCCUUAUUCCAAAAUAUCAGUGGGCCGAAACUUUGCUUUUGUUAAUAAACUUCAAUAUUUAGAAAAUAAUUGAUAGUGUGCAUAAUUGUAUCUUAUAUCGGUAUUCAAAUUUCACAUAAUUUUUGUG